AUGUCUAGUUCUCGCCGUACAUUUUGUCCUGAAGACCAUUGGCUUAUACGAGAUUUGGAUACAGAUCAUUUCUCAAGUGAAGCAGUAGCAGAAGAAUUCAAUCUUGAAAGUGAAGAACCCUCCAAGAAACGAUCUGUCUCUAAAGGUCGACUGGCUGUGAUCAGUCCUCGUCUUGGUCUCUUAAACAAUAUACCCUUUGUGAUCCCCUUUGAACAGCGUGUAGAAAUCUUUCGUAUGUUUGUUGCCAAUGAUAAGAAACGCAACCAGAUUGAUGACAUGUAUUAUCGACCCAAGACAUCUGCUGUUGUCCGCAGAGACCAUAUGUUUGAAGACGGGUAUGAGUCCCUGAGUGGCUUGGGUAUUAAUGAACUUAAGGGCAAAGUGGCUAUUUCAUUUGUGGAUGAAUUUGGAUUAGAAGAAGCAGGCAUUGAUGGUGGUGGUGUCUUUAAAGAAUUCUUGACGGGUCUAAGUAAAGAAGCAUUCAAUGUGAAUUAUGGCUUGUUUGUAGCCACACAAGAUCAAUUGCUGUAUCCUAAUCCUAGUCUUUCUGCAACACAAGCUCAACAAUUAGACUAUUUUCGAUUCUUGGGUUUGAUCAUUGGUAAAGCUGUUUAUGAAGGCAUCUUGCUGGAUGUUGCCUUUGCUGAAUUCUUUUUGAAAAAGUGUCUUGGCAAAGUGAAUUACUUAGACGAUAUUGUCUCUUUGGAUCCUGAACUCUACAAGGGCCUGAUUGCAGUCAAACACUAUGAUGGCAAUGUAGAAGAUCUUUCUUUGGAUUUCACCAGUACGCAUAUGGAGAAUGGUAAAUCUAUCACCAUUGAACUGAUCCCCAAUGGUAGCCAAGUCCCUGUGACAAACACAAACCGGAUUCAAUACAUUUAUUCUAUGGCAAAUUACAAACUGAAUGUUCAGAUUGCUAAACAAUGCCGUGCCUUUUUCAGAGGGCUUUCAACUAUGAUUGAUAUCAAGUGGCUGCGUAUGUUCAAUCAGCAAGAACUUCAGAUCAUGUUGGGUGGUGCCUCUGUCCCUAUUGACUUGGCUGAUCUACGUGCGCAUACCGUAUUGGCUGGUUUCAUGGACCAUGAUGCUACAGUCAAGAACUUUUGGCGUGCACUUGAAUCUUUUGACAACCCAUUGCGUAUGAAAUUCGUCAAGUUUGUCACGUCAUGCUCAAGGCCUCCCUUGUUGGGUUUUAAGGAAUUGGUGCCACAAUUCUGUUUGAGAAAUGCUGGUCUAGAUAAUGAUCGAUUGCCUACCAGUUCAACCUGCGUCAAUCUGCUUAAGCUGCCUAAUUAUUCAAAUUAUGAGAUCUUGAGACAAAAAUUACUGUACGCUAUCAAUGCUGAUGCUGGGUUUGAUUUAUCUUAA